AUGGUCUUCAAAAAGAAAUCCAGUUACUUUUAUUUCUUUGAAGAUGCCAAUAGCAGUGACUUUGCUAAAAUUAAGUUUUCCUUACCAGCAUCGAACUGGGAGGAGACACAGGAUAAGAUGCCAAAACAGAAUAAGCUGUCACUACAGACUUCAACAGCUGAGGGUAGUUUGAUAGAAUGCACACUAGAUGACAUUGAGAUGGCUUUUAGGAAAAAGCUGUACUCAACCUAUCAGGACAUUGAAAAAGCCUUCAGAGCAUUUGAUGUCAGUCAGAGUGGAUUUGUGUCUUUGGAUUACUUAAAGUCAGUCAUAAAUGGCUUUAUAUUUCCAUUACCAAAUGGAACUUUUCAAGAGCUAAUGAAUAGAUUUGGAUUUAAAGCCACAGGUAAAAUUGCCUGGCAUCAAUUUUUAGAGAAAUUUCAGGACCCUGUGACAUAUGAAAAUGGACAGACACUUCCUAUAAGAAAAAACCACAGAGUAAACCCAAUCAGAGGAAUGGAUGAAGCUUUCUCAAGUAACAGUGUCCUUCUAAAGCUGCGCAGACACAUCCAAAAUGCAUAUCCAUCACUGAAGCAGGCAUUUCUCAUGAUUGAUACAAAACAAGAUGGAAAGAUCACAAGAAAUGAGCUUCGUCGCGUUUUGGACUGUAUCUUAUUUCAAAUAAGAGACAAGGACUUCCAAGACCUAAUCAAGAUAAUUGAUCCAGAACACACUGGGUACCUCAGCUACCAUACAUUUUUAGACUUGUUUGAAGAAAAGGAAUCUCUAAUGGGUCAUAAAUGGCUUAAUGGAACAAAGGAAGUUAAGAAGCCACCUUCUCUUGUUCUAGCUUGGGAUACUGUGGAAGACAUUCUUUCAGAUAAAAUCACGGAAAAUUGGAAAGACUUCCACAAGGCUUUGCAGACCUGUGACCCUAAAUGUACAGGCAUUAUUAGCAGAAAUCAGCUAAGAAAAAUUGUACAUAUAUAUUGUCCCUCUUUGUCCAAUGAACAAUUUACAAAACUAUGCCAUAAAUUUCAAGAUAUUUCUCCUGAUGGGAUCCUUUACAGGAUGCUUUUGGAGAGCUUAGGAGUUGCUGUUUUACCAGGUGACUUAACUGGUAUCAGCACACAGAUCUCAAAGGGAAGUCAACAGAGAGAAGAAAAAAGACAAACAGAUCUUUCAGAGAGAAUGAAACAGAUUGAAGAUCAAGCCAAUAAGCAUACCAAGAAUAGAACUGUUGAUGAAGUAAUUGAAAGGCUCAAGGACAGUGUGAUACAACAGGAAGCAACUAUUAAAGACAGCUUUCUUGCCUACAACAAGCAACCAAAUGGAAAAAUUAGUAAAGAUGAUUUCCGGAAGGUGUUGGAAGAUCAUGGGAUGCCAAUGGAUGAUAGCCAGUUUAAUCUACUGACUGAGAAAUUAGGAUUCCCAAAUGGAGGGCUGAGUUAUCUUGAUUUUGUAGCAAUAUUUGAAGAUCCCAGAUUGAAUGGACCAGGAGCUACAUUAUAUUGCAGUCCAAACCACCGAGUAAAUAGCACUAAAUUUCACUACAUGACUGCUGAAGAAUGUCUAAGUCAAUUUAAUGAUAAACUCAUGGAAGGAUAUGGGGACACCUACUCUGCCUUCCGUAAAACAGAUAGUAACCGUGAUGGUAUCAUCAACAUGCUUGAUUUUCGACACCUCCUGGAGAGCUUUGUGUUCAUCCUUACAGAUGAAGAGUACUCACGCCUACUUGGUAUAUUGGGCAUGAACCUGAACUCUACAUUAAAUUACCAGGAAUUCCUUCAACUGUUCCAGACCCAAGAAACAAAAGAGGCACAUCCUUGGCUGAAUCCAUCUCACAAACCAAAACAGACAAUAAUGGAUGCAGAACUAGCUUGUGAUCAGGCUCAUUACUAUCUUGUUAUCAAAGCACAGACCAGAUGGCAUGACCUAGCAAGGACUUUCCGUGAGUUUGAUAGCGAAGGCAAUGGCAUUGUGCAGCCAGAGGAUUUGAGAGCUGUCUUGUUCAGAUUUGCCAUUCCAAUCACCCCAAAAGAAUUUGAAAAGCUUUGGGCAAGGUAUGAUACAGUUGCAAAAGGCUACCUUACUCACCAAGAAUUUCUGCAGAAAUUGGGGUUAGAGUUUGCACCAGCUGACACUGGACUAAGCAGACAUAUUGUGGAAGACAAUUAUGCAAGUUUAAUGGAGCAUUACAGUAAUCAGCAAAAGAAGCAUUUGGAGAUGGAAGAGCAGCAGAAACAGCAAACUAAAGCCCUACAUGUCAGUGAGAUUAAAAAGCAGAUCAAGGAUAAAUUUAGGGACUACUUCCAAGACUUCAACAAGGCCUUUUAUAGACUGGAUAAAAAUAAAGAUGGCUAUAUAACAGUAGAUGACCUACGCAGGAUGCUGCAAGAAUUCAACUAUUAUCUUGAUGAUGAACAGUUCACCAGUCUUCUAAACAGUUUAGGAAUCAGUAUUCAUGACAGCAAGCUCUCUUAUUUUGAUUUCCUGAGAGCGAUUGAUGAUGGCAGAGCAUCUAAAUACCAGCAGAGACAAAAGCAUGCUGCACCACCUGCAAGCUUUGCAAUGCUCAGCUUAGAAAAGACCCUAAUUAAGAUAAAAGAAAUAGUUACAUCUUCUUAUGAUUUGUUAUACAAGGCAUUUUCUCUGUUUGAUAAAGAAGGCACUGGGGCAAUUAAAGCACUGGAAUUCCGCCAGGUACUUGACCAUUUCUGCUUUAAACUAUCGGACAGGCAAUUCAGGCACCUACUCAAGAAGCUAAGGAUUUAUGAAAAUCAUACAGUAGACUGGAAAUUUUUCCUGAAAAAUAUUAAUCUCCUCUUAGAGACUGAGGAAGGGCAGAAAGUCGCUCAGCCUAAAUCUUCUCAGGAGCUGUCAAAGAAAGAUAUCCUUACACGUAUACAAGAAGUAGUGACUGCUCGCUUUAACACCAUUGCACAAGAGUUUAAAGAUAUCGAUUGUGAGAAAGUUAAUACAGUAUCAAAAGAGGACUUCCGGGGUAUUUGCAACCGUCACUUUCUGCUUCUGACAGAUGAACAAUUUGAAAACCUCUGGAAUACAGUGCCUGUUGAUGCCGAUGGAAAACUGAAGUACUGUGAUUUUUUGAAGAAGUUCAACUCCGAAGUAGUGACAAUGCCAUCAGAUACUCCAUCCACAAACAAUGCUCCAUGUUCCUCCAAGCCCACUACCCCUGCUGAGCCUGGGUCACGGUUACCUUCUCAACCUUCACGUCCCAAGACAGCAUCUUCUCCAUUAGGUCAAGUAAAAACUCCAAUGUCCAGCCGGCCUCGUACUGCAAUGGCAUGGUCCCCACCUUUACUGAACUGCGAACCAAUAGAAAAUAAAAUAAGAAAGAUCAUUCAACAUUCCUGGAGAGAAAUACUGAAAGACUGUAGAGAGAAGGAUGUUGACCGACUAGGAGAAAUCUCAACAUCCGAUUUCUUAGCCAUAGCAGAGAAGUUCAGUUUGGAUUUAAGUAAAGAAGAGAUUAGCCAAAUAGCAACAAAAUACGACAUUAAGAACAAUGACAAAUUUGCAUACUGUGACUUUCUCCAAAGCUGUGUCCUAUUAAUGAAACCACAAGAAAGUUCAUUGCUACAAAGGAUGAUCAUUCAGAAGCCACGAAUACCGAGGAGUCCUGGACCACAGAGCCUGACAUUUUUCAAUGCAAUGCUAAGAAUUCAACCCCAGAUCUUGCACUGCUGGAGACCGAUGAGACGAACGUUUAAAUCCUAUGAUGAAAGUGGGAGCGGGCUGUUAAGUGUUCAGGAUUUCAGGCAGGUGCUGCGUCAGUAUCACAUCAACCUGACUGAGGAAGAGUUUUUUCACAUUUUGGAAUUUUAUGAUAAAUCAUUAUCUUCAAAAAUUUCCUAUAAUGAUUUCCUCCGGGCAUUCUUGCAAUAG